UUUCAACAAUACCAUUGGAAAAAAUGCGAUACAUUCACCUCAAAGUAUGAGCGAAAUGGACGACAACGAAUUUACCCCUCUGGCCACCCGCCACCUCCCAGACGAUGCAUCUCUCCCAAGUCCCAUCCAACCGCAUCUCGACACCCUCUUUGCCGAAUUCGCCCGCACCCGCACAAGAACCUCGCCGCCGCGAUCUCCUUCGCUUCGAUCUCAGCGGCAUACUCGCAAUACGUCGAAUCUGAAGCCCCCGCCGACCAUCGACCUUCGGGCACUCGACCAUGUCACCGACUAUGAGGCCCACUUGAUGUGCCCGAUCUGCCAUGUUCCGUUCGUCGAGCCGGUCGUCCUGGAAUGUGACCACACCUUUUGCAGUUCAUGCCUGAAAGAGUACCGUGAAGGGACCAGCGCUGGUGUACGAUCUCAAUGCCCUACAUGCCGUUCAUUCCUCCUGUCCGGACCGCGCAAAGCCUCGCGAUUGAUCGUCAACAUGUGUGACGAAAUAAAAGUCCGAUGUCCGAAUGAAGACUGCGAAGUGAUUUUGCCCAGAGGGACAGUCGAGCGUCACGCCACAAAAGAAUGCGAGCACGAAAGACUAAAAUGCCCGGAUGAAGGAUGCGACCGGCUGGUGAAGAGAAAAAACUACGUGCCGAACCAGUGUAUACACACUUCUCACAUCGAGUGUGAUUGCGGGGCGGUGAUUGAGCUCGGCCGUGGAGAAUGGCUGAAACACAAAGAUGAGGACUGUCCGAAUACAGGUAUCGAUUGCAAGCGGUGCGGGAAACGCAUCUCGGCCAAGGACUAUCUUGCCGGAGACAAAAGCCACGUCUGCGAUUCCGUGGAGCAGGAGCUUUGCCCGGGCAAGCAAUACGGAUGUGCUGAGGAUGUCAACGACGAAGAGCUGAGUGAGCACAUCAGAUCAUGCCCGAUUGCUCGGAUGGCUCCAUUCCUUCAGCGGCAAUCAAGGCUGCUCCACUUACUACAAGAGCAGUUGACAAUGGUCAAGGUUCGAAAUGAAGUUUUGGAGACAGGGUUUGAGAAGUUGAACGACAUCGUCAACGACCGGGUCCUACCCCGUCUCAAUCAGUCCGACCCAUCUGCUGCUGGCGAAGCGUCAGACAUCGAAGAGAUCGAAAGAGACCACAUCCCUUCGGCAAUAUCACAUCGCGACCUUCUCAUGCCAGCACAUCUCCGGGCGCUGACCCCUUCACCUGACCCGGACGUUGCCUCCCUCUCUCAGACACAACAGCAUCUACUGGCGAAUCACGAGUCCCUGCGUGGCAAUGUGUCGAACAUGGAGCAGGACAUUGCGGCACUCCACAACCACAUAUCGGACCUCGAUGCGCGUACCUCGAUGCAGAUCAUGAAUGAGACUUUGCGCAUCAAAGAGGACCUCGCGCAUACCAACGCGGCUCUUUUCAGCACCAGGGCGCAAGUUCAAUGGCUCUUGAACAGAGAGAGGAUCGGUCAACAACAACAAGCGAUGCGCGGGCGCGCACCAUCGGCCCAACCUCAACCUCCACCUCCUCCUGCGGCUCAAUCUACCCGGAGUUCGAUGUCGGAAGGUAACGACGUGUCGAAUCUGGGGACGAGCUUCGACAGUCAGCCCUCGUCCAGUAGUCUGGCACCGAGUCCCAACUUCCGACCUCAGAUGAGGAGGUUGAGUGGAGCUAGCCAGGAGAGGGUCAAGCUGUGAAAAGAAGUUGUGAGGGUUGGCAGAUAGGAUGCGUUUACAAGCAGUGGCUGGCCUGUGUCGGGUCUUUGGAUUUGUUACAUGUCUCGACUUGAAGAUGCUGUCCUUAUCAAUGAUGACUUUGUUGAAGCAAUUAAGCGAAAUUAUUCAAGGAGUAGCUAGUAGAAUGAUACCAAGUCGUUUGUCUUUGCG